GGGGGCCAUGAUCCGUUCGAGUGUGUGUGCGUCCCUCAAGCUAAACGCGGACCUGCCCAGUAAAUACGAGGCUUCCGUUCCCGCCGCGUACGUGUCGCGCGUUGCCAUUGCGUAGUAGUAAACUAAGAGAGAACGCGAGACGAACGACUGCGGACUCUCCUUCGGUUGUGCCCGGUAUCAUCGUGCGUGUCCCGUAUAUCACCGGCGUGAUCCCGCGGUCCAAUCAUGCCGUUGAGUAUUGGGGUUAACCUAAGAGUGACCGGACACUGUAAUCAGGGCGGUCGUAAGUACAUGGAGGACAUGUUCAGCGUGGCGUUUCAGCCGACACCGGACGACAAGGAUCUCGAGUACGCGUUCUUCGGUAUAUUCGACGGGCACGGGGGCUGCGAGGCCGCUGCAUACGCCAAGGAACACCUGAUGAAUGUGAUCGUGAAGCAAAAGAACUUCUGGUCGGAUCGCGACGAGGACGUGUUACGCGCGAUCCGAGACGGAUACGUGAACACGCACUACGCGAUGUGGCGGGAGCUUGACAAGUGGCCAAGAACUGCGUCCGGAUUACCGUCUACCGCUGGGACCACUGCUAGCAUAGCAUUCGUUCGCAAGGGAAAGAUUUAUAUGGGUCAUGUCGGCGACUCUGCCAUUAUAUUGGGGUAUCAAGUGGAUGGUGAUCCACAGUGGAGAGCCAAGCCGUUGACCAAGGAUCACAAGCCUGAAAGCGGGCCCGAAAUGAUGAGGAUACGAGAAUCUGGUGGUAAAGUAGUUAGUAAAUCUGGUGUCCCAAGGGUGGUAUGGAAUAGACCUCGUAUAGGACACAAGGGACCAGUUAGAAGAUCAACCCACAUAGAUGAAAUUCCGUUUCUUGCUGUUGCCAGGUCUUUAGGUGAUCUGUGGAGUUACAAUUCUGAGUUAAAUACAUUUGUUGUCUCUCCUGAGCCAGACGUUACAGUGGUUAAAAUUGAUGUUGAAACACACCGUUGCCUUAUUUUUGGAUCAGACGGAUUAUGGAAUAUGCUGACGCCGCAAGCUGCAGUGGCCAUUGUUCAGGCUGCGGAUAGACACAAUGAGAAACAUCUGAUUGCUUCCCAACAAACUUGUAAUGGGCAAUCCGAUAAUGUCCAACUGUGGAUUAAUCCUUCAAAAAGCCUAGUAGAUAGAGCGUUAGAAAGGUGGUCGCUGAAGAGAUUACGUGCAGACAACACAAGUGUUGUGACACUGAUGUUAGAUCCACCUGGACCAUCUCGAAGUGAGGUUCUAUUAAGUCAGAAAGAACGUGGUAUGGCAUACGACAAUGUACAUACACCUGCAACUGCACUUUGUGCCGAAAACAUGGAGAAACCUACUUACAAUCCAGUCUUUCCGACCGUAGCAAGACCUACUCCGGUGAUAACUCACAACAUCGAUGUCCAAAGACCCGAAUUCUACAACGUAAUUGAGGAAAACAAAGAGGAACCAAGAUCAGAGAAAGUCGUGCAUGAAGAGAGUUUUCUAGAGAACCUUGACAUAAGUCACCAGUCAUCCGAUGAGCUACUAAUGCACACGAAUAUGCAGAACGCAGUUUCAGAAGAGAACGUUGGAACGACAGAAACAAUAUCCCACGAAAUAAUAGAAAAGAAUUUCGAUAUAGAUAAUAACGAAUUAGAAACAACUCCGCCGGAGAAUAUCGACAAACUUAACCAAGAACAGACAGAUGCAGCAGAGAAACAAUCAGACGCAGUUGAUACCCCGUUUCAACAAGCUACUUCAACAGUACAGUCGCCUGAGGUAGCGACGAACGAAACCAAUCAGGCUGACGUUUCGAAUGUGAUAUACCAAAGUGCAUUAUCCGAUGACUCCAAAAAUGUAUGUUCUCCAACUCACGUUGAUAGUACCGCAGAGAAGAGCAACGGGAUUGAAUUCGAAAACGCAGCUACUAAUGAGAACGAAGCAACGGGUAACGUCUUGAAUGGAUCGCGUCACAAACAGCAGACUUUGUUCGCCGCCUCAAGAACAGAAGACAGGAACGCGAGGCAAAGAAGGCACAGUUUGAGCGCGCAUUCGCGAAACAGCCUGGCGGAGCCGGCCUCGUUAGAGACGAAAAUGUACGCAAAUUUGAGGUUCAAGUCGCGUAACGCUAAAGUGCCCGUGACAGGGAACACAGUGGACAAAGGUGUUACAAACUCGACGAGUAAAACGACCGAUAGUGCUGUCGGUACUAAACGUAGACAUAGUGCAAUAUCGCAAAGUGUAGUUAGUACGGUUGAAGAGGCAUGCAUGUUACAAGAACCUUGUAUGAAGAGAAAAACGCGAUCGGAGGACCGACCGAAUCCCGUCGACGAAAACGAUCCAGCGAACCAGACCACAAAGGAUGCUACCGGUAGCCUAAGUUGGCCCACCACGGAGUCCAGUAUUUCCCGUUCCCCUGGGAAUGCUACCGCGAUGCCUAUUCAGGAGAGGCUCUCUCCGUUGAACACGUUCCAAAGGAACUUGGGGAAGAAAGUCACGCCGGUGAAGGCUAUUCGAAGACCUUCUAUCAAGGGUCUGUUGAAGCAACUGUGGGCAGCUAGUCUUGGCGCGAGGGAGUGGGACCAGGGAAGGAGUAAUCGGCCGAACGGUUGCACCGAGAGGAGGAUAAAUCGAACAAUGUCCAUUAUCGGUUCUUCUGAUAGCACAACCGUACCGCAACGUUGGCUCAGGUCAGACACCAUUGCUGCUACACCUGUAAAAACAUUACGGUCGCGUAACGUGGACAUACACCAGUACAGUCUGGUGAAACAACAGAAUCGACUCUCGUUGCCGAGUAAACUGAAGCAGUCCGGCAACAAUGGAUAUCUACAGCCGAGUAAAGUACGAUCGACCUCCUUGUCGUCCAGUAUUAAACAAAGUAGUAGCAAUACUGCGAACGGGACCUGCUCUACCAUUAGUCCGACGAGUACAGGAUGUAACGCCAGUUCCGGAAUGGCGAAACGAGUAAAAUCGCCGUAUAAUCCGAGCGCUAGGUCACUAAGCACGCGAUCUCGCAUUAAGCGCCUUGGGAAAUGAGGUAGGAUAACACGUGUUAAAUAUGUUGUUUCUGUACAGGGUAUUAUCUCUUACCCUUAUUGUUUUUAUUUGCCGCAUAUUGCUUUCUAUCUCCGCGAAAGAUACGCUAGUUAUGAUAUUGUUUAUUUUUCCCUUUCGUCUGUAUUGUUUGCAUUUUAUCGCGAAACAAGCACAAAAACCUUUUUUUGUACCAACAAAAUCGUCCAGACGUAUCUGUGAAAUCUGGGUUUGCAUUUGGUGAAUUAAAUAAAUGUUUUUCUCGUUAGGCUGUUUUAAGACAGUUUUCAAUCACUAGUCGGGAAGUGUUCGAUUUUAAUGGUGUUAAGAUAUGUAUAUGAAAAUAUUAUGCAGGGGCAACAGUUUGUUGUUGAUACGAUUGUGUUUUAUAGCUUCCAUGACACUCUACGGGUGUGAACAAUCGAUAUUUUUCAUAUUUACAAACAUUCACGUCCUGAAUAGUGGUUAGCAAUAAUAUCGACACCAAUAAACAUUGUAUGUUGACUAUAUUAAAAUGGUUUUCACGCACUUUAAUGUUUUACUGUUGUCCGCAGCGUCUAAAUUUUUCGGGACAUAAACAUGCCUGUGUUAUUCAGGCAUCGUAGUUACAGUUUUGAUUUUUAAAUCAGUGGUAGUAGAGUUAGAGUACAGUCGACCUGAAUCAAAACUAUUAAUUGGAGCAAGUAUUUAUCAUCGAAUGCCAACUGUCACUUUCUUGAAUGACGUCUGUUUGACAGAAACAGCUAAAGUUUAAAGACUUCCAUUUUGUUUUAUGCUUUCUAAUGUUUAACUAGCUUAUCGAAGUGUUAAUCACGAAAAAAAAGAAAAUUUACGAAAGUACAUGAACAUAUGUAUAAAAACAUGUGAUAAUCAGAGAGGUAGGAAGGAAAAAGAGUGGCUGUAUCUGAGAGAGAGAUA